AUGCAGUACGCUUUCCGUCGCAAAAUCCCCGGUCUGUUCCUGCGGCGCAGCUUUUCCUCGUCUGCACCACGUCACGAGAUCCGCGAUAUUAGCGCCUUGUCACGGCGUCUAAUCCCUAAGUAUCAAGAAUCCCAAGGCGAACUGCUUUCUCUCCAAUGGCCAGCGCCACCACGGAAUAUCUUGUUGGUGCGCAAAGACUGCGCCCCAGCUGUGACAGAGUCACUUAUUGAAUUUGCCAAUCAUAUCACUUCUGCAUACCCAUCAACCGCAGUGAUCCUCGAGUCCAAAACCGCCGCUGAAGUUCAUUCGUCCUUUUCGUUUCCUGUCUAUUCUGCAUCCUUAGAUGAUACCCCAACCGCGUUUCAUGAUAAAGUGGACCUUACAGUGACAUUGGGUGGAGAUGGCACGAUCCUCCAUGCAUCGUCGCUCUUUGCUACAUGCUCCAAUGUACCCCCGGUACUAUCAUUUAGUAUGGGUACCUUAGGGUUUCUGAGCGAAUGGAAAUUCUCCGAGUUUAAGCGGGCGUUCCGAGAAGUCUACAUGUCUGGUGCUGGGGCCGGAGAUCGUACAGCAGUUCUGGAAGAGGGAAGAGAAUCAGAAUUAGAACCAGGACCAGAAGCAGCAUCAGAUUCGGUGUCAGCCUUACCGGCCACGUCAGAAUCCACCAGCGAGUCCAGUGGACCAACGGGAUGGUCCUCUGUCCGUGGCAAGUCCAUGGGAUCGACCCGUGGCGCCCCCAUCUUGAUGCGUAACCGGCUUAAGGUUGGUCUAUUUACGGCCGAUGGACAAGAGACCACCCCCAUCCGCGGUAAAAGCGAUGAGGGUCAAGGGGUGUACGUCAUGAACGAGCUGCUGAUCCACCGUGGCAAAGAGCCGCACCUUGCAGUGGUGGAUAUCUUUGUCGGGGGCCGUUUCUUGACGGAAGCGGUGGUAGAUGGCAUCAUUAUUUCUACCCCCACGGGUAGUACUGCUUACAGUCUGAGUAGCGGCGGGAGUAUUAUUCAUCCUUUGGUUCCCUCGAUCUUGCUCACACCUAUCUGUGCCCGUAGCCUGAGCUUUCGGCCCCUCGUGUUGCCGCUCAGCACGCCGAUCACCAUGCGAUUGAGCGAAAAGAAUCGGGGCCGAGAGUUGGAAGUUAGUCUUGACGGGGUGAAUCUUGGACAAGGGAUGGCGAUAGGCAUGGAGGCACGCGUGUGGAAUGAGGAGAUGCGGCAUGGAAAGAAUGAAUGGCAAGGUGGCGUACCUAGCGUUAUGCGGAGAAGUAUGGGCGGCGAGGCUCAUGAGGGAUGGGUGGGUGGGUUAAACGGGUUGUUGAAAUUUAACCAUCCCUUUGGGGAGUGA